GGCUUCGGCGUCGUCGCCAUCUUUGUUGAUGUGUCAGCUCCGCAGGGGUUUUGGGGAAAACCUCGGUUCACAGCCCGGGAUCGGCUGUGGUCUCCGCGCGUGACUUCCUCGCCCACUCCGCGUCGACUAGACGCCGCCAUGGAGUCGCCGGCCCCGGAGCCGGAGCUCCGUCGGCCUCGCUAGGGUGCGGCCCGGGGCUGGGCGACGGACGAUGUAAAUGAAGAUUAGGAGCAGAUUUGAAGAAAUGCAAAGUGAAUUGGUGCCAGUCAGCAUGUCAGAGACAGAGCACAUAGACUCCAUUUCUUCUGAUACAACUACUGGGAAAACAUCUGAGUUGAAGGACGACUCAUGCAUCUCAGUUUCUGGUGAUGAAAGCAGCCGAUUAGAAACGGGAUCUGAACUAUUGUCAUUGAACUCUGACAGAAUUUUAUGUCAGACUAAUAAACACUGUAGUCAGAUUGAAGUACAGGAAAGCCAUGUUCCAGACUGUGGCAGUGGUGAGACUUCUUGUGCUAAUACAGACACAUGCCCAGAAAAUUCUGAACAAAUAGAUGACAUUCCUGGUGGGGACUUUACAAAACAAGUGUCAAAAACCAGGGAACCAGAGCACACGGUAACACAGAUACUGGCAGAGUUAAAGUCAUCUGCACCCACAGAAGCUGGUAAUCCAAAGACCUCCUCAGCAAGCCUCUACGACACAGACUGCACCAGGAAACUCAUCUCAAAGAUAAAGACUGUUUCAGCCUCAGACGAUUUGUUGGGAGAGAUAGAAUCUGAGCUCUUAUCUGCUGACUUUGCAGAGGAACACCAAGUACCGAAUGGAGUGAAUAAAGGAGAGCAGGCGUUAGCCCUGUUUGAGAAGUGUGUACACAGCAGGUACCUGCAGCAGGAGCUCACUAUUAAACAGUUAAUUAAAGAAAAUAAGAAUCAUCAGGAACUUAUAUUAAAUAUUUGUUCAGAAAAAGAUAAUUUAAGAGAAGAACUGAAAAAAAGAACAGAAACAGAGAAACAGCAUAUGAACACAAUUAAACAGUUAGAAUUAAGAAUAGAGGAACUGAAUAAAGAAGUUAAAGCUUCCAAGGAUCAGCUAGUAGCACAGGAUGUCACAGCCAAAAAUGCAAUCCAGCAAAUCCAUAAAGACAUGGCCCAGCGGAUGGACCAGGCCAAUAAGAAAUGUGAAGAGGCCCGCCAGGAAAAGGAAGCAAUGGUAAUGAAGUAUGUGCGAGGCGAGAAGGAGUCUCUAGACCUUCGCAAGGACAAAGAGACCCUUGAGAGGAAGCUUAGAGAUGCAAGUAAGGAAUUGGAGAAAAACACUAACAAAAUUAAGCAGCUGUCUCAGGAGAAAGGGCGGCUGCAGCAACUCUAUGAAUCGAAGGAAGGUGAAACAACUAGACUCAUCAGAGAAAUAGAGAAGUUAAAGGAGGAGAUGAACUCUCACAUCAUUAAAGUAAAGUGGGCGCAAAACAAGUUAAAAGCUGAAAUGGACUCACACAAGGAAACCAAAGAUAAACUCAAAGAAACAACUACAAAACUAACCCAGGCAAAGGAAGAAGCUGAGCAGAUCAGGCAAAACUGUCAGGAUAUGAUAAAAACGUAUCAGGAAUCCGAGGAACUUAAGUCCAAUGAGCUAGAUGCAAAGCUCCGAGUCACAAAAGGAGAACUUGAAAAGCAAAUGCAAGAGAAAUCCGACCAGCUGGAGAUGCAUCAUGCCAAAAUAAAGGAACUAGAAGAUCUGAAGAGGACGUUUAAGGAGGGCAUGGAUGAGCUACGGACAUUGAGAACAAAAGCAAAGUGUCUAGAAGAUGAACGCUUAAGAACCGAAGAUGAGUUAUCAAAGUACAGGGAAAUUAUCAAUCGACAGAAAGCUGAAAUUCAGAAUUUAUUGGACAAGGUGAAAAUCGCUGACCAGUUACAGGAGCAGCUUCAAAGUGGUAAGCAAGAAAUUGAACGUUUGAAGGAAGAAAUGGAAAGCCUUAAUUCUUUGAUUAACGACCUACAGAAAGACAUUGAAGGCAGCAGGAAAAGAGAGUCUGAGCUCCUGCUUUUCACAGAGAAGCUCACUAGUAAGAAUGCACAGCUGCAGUCUGAGUCCAGCUCUCUGCAGUCACAGGUAGAUAACCUCUCCUACAGCGAGAGUCAGCUGCAAAGCCAGUGCGAGCAGAUGGAGCAGGCUAACAGUGCUCUGGAGAGCAGGUUGCUCAAAGAGGAAGAACUUCGAAAAGAGGAAGUGCAGACUCUGCAGGCUGAACUUUCCGCUGCCCAGACAGAAGUUACAGCCUUGAGGACCCAGGUGGAGGAGCUGAAAGAUGAGUUAGUAACGCAGAGGCGCAAACAUGCCUCUAACGUCAAGGACCUCAGCAAGCAGCUUCAGCAAGCACGGAGAAAAUUAGACCAGACUGAGAAUGGAAACUACGAUAAAGACGUUAGCAGCAUGGGAAGUCGCUCUAGUUCAUCCGGGUCACUUAAUGCUCGAAGCAGUGCUGAAGACCGGUCUCCAGAGAAUACUAGCUCCUCAGUGGCUGUGGACAACUUCCCAGAAGUAGACAAGGCCAUGCUGAUUGAGAGAAUAGUGAGGCUGCAGAAAGCCCAUGCCCGGAAGAAUGAGAAAAUAGAAUUCAUGGAGGACCACAUCAAACAGCUGGUUGAAGAAAUAAGAAAGAAAACCAAAAUAAUUCAGAGUUACGUUUUACGAGAAGAAUCAGGCACACUUUCUUCAGAAGCAUCUGAUUUUAACAAAGUGCAUUUGAGUAGACGCGGUGGCGUCAUGGCGUCCUUGUACACAUCUCAUCCCGCUGAUAGCGGGCUAACACUGGAGCUCUCUUUGGAAAUCAACCGAAAAUUACAGGCUGUUUUGGAAGAUACAUUGCUAAAAAAUAUUACUUUGAAGGAAAACCUGCAAACACUUGGAACAGAAAUAGAACGCCUUAUUAAACACCAGCAUGAACUGGAGCAGAGGACGAAGAAAGCCUAACACAAAGCUCUUGCCUAGUAGACAGACGAGCCACAGAGCAGCAGGUGCCACUGUCCAGUGUCCUGAAACAGUCCCUGCUUUGUGUCAACUAAUCAAAAAUUGGUUUUGCUUCCCUGUGUAGAGGUGCCCUUUUCUGAAUGGGUGUGUGGCGUGUGUGUGCUGUGAGCCCACUGUGAGCUCAGCCAAGGUCGUUUCUCUGCCGUGCAGUCAGCCUCCUUGUCACUGACUCAGGAUUUAAUUUGCUUAUUGCCCUAAAGUGCUAAACAUUAGUACAAGGGUUAAAAUACCUUUACCACAGUCCUUUCCGUAGUGGCAUCAGCCUUUGAAAAGUAUUCCUGAAAUGAGAGGUGUUCAUCAUCCAACCAUGCACUAUUUCUGCAACACAAAAAGAAACCUAGAGGAAUUAUAAAGAUUUUCAGUUCUAAUCUGGGCACAGUGAUCACCCCUGUAGUCCUAACUACUUCGAAGGCUAAAGAGGAUCUCUUGAGCUCAUGAGUUCAAAGCCAGCCUGGAAACAUCUUAAAACCCCAUCACAAUUUGCCCCAACCACAGAAUAGCCUUGGGUUGUGGUGUAAGGGUGUGUGUGGUACUUAAAUCAGUUCUGAGUUUACUGACAACUAGACAGGAAUCUGGCUGUAGGGAAUUAGCUCAGGCUGGGCACUGAUGUCAGGUCUCCUUACCUGACAUAGGUAUGUUUUUCACAUUUGAGUUACUAGUUGAAAUUUUAAAAUCUUUAGUGAUAUAAACUAUGAUUUUAAACAAUAUGUGAACUUAGAAUUUUCCUGUGGAUUUGCUAUAUUUUAAAAUGUGAAAUGGAUCCAGUCAUUAGAACAGAUAAAUGAAGACUUUGAAACUGAGAUGCUUUAUGACAGGCCUUAGUUUUACUGACAUUGUGUAGAGGGAAAUAUAAAGGGCUUGGGCCGAGGUUCUUGUGUGCCCAUCACAUAAGGAGGCGCUCAGUUUCCUCAAGUGCUGUUUCCAUAUGUUACUUAACAGCUAUGUCUUCAGCCAAAGGGACUUUGGAGCAGAAUUGUGUAUCUUGUUGUAUGUUUACAGUAUUUAAGAUGUAUACUUAAAUGUUGCCAAUUGAAGUGUCCACACUUCUGUCAUUGAAGUUUUCUCAGUUGGUAGCUUCUCAUGCCCCAGAACCUAACACACCGCACUCUGUUGAGGCUGUCUAUAUCCUGGGAGAUCUUGGAACAUAUUCAGUAAGCUUCUGUUUGGGUUUGGGUUUUUUGGGUUGGUUGUUGGUUUUUUGUUUGUUUGGGUUUUUUUGUUUUGUUUUGUUUUUUUGGUUUUUGUAUUUUCCUCUUAAGGAGCUUGAGCUUUGGGACCUACAGCUUUAAAGAACUGUGUGGGCUCUAGCUGGGCAUGGCAACACAUGCCUACACUCCCAACACUUAGGAGGUGAAGGACGAUUAAAGAUCAGCCUCAAGUACACAGCGAGUUGGAGACACCUUGGAAACCUGUACUAUAACAGAAUUGUGCAGGCUCUAAAGAUUUUGAUCAUGACGUCAGUGCCCUUUUAAUGUAUUUUAACAUUUCCUCCAAUCAACAUUGAUUAUAAAUGUAAUUCACUAAAUACUAAAUGUCAGUAUAAUGUCUCUUUGUGAAUAUUAUCUGUUAUUAUCCAAAAAAGUAUCUCUUAGCUUCAGUGUGAAAAUGCAUUCAAAGUUGUUUUAUUUUGAAGAUAGUUGUAAAAAGUACUAGUCAUAAUAUGUCUUGCUCUUUUUAUUAUUAAUAAUUUAUUAGAAUAAAAAAAUAAGAGGGUAAGUGCAAUAAAUUGUGAAUUAUUUUCCCAUGUAUUCCUAGACAUACUUGUAGCACUCAAAAGGUCUACAUAGCGUAGGCAGUGUAGCUGUACCACCUGGUUCCUCAGGUGAUGCUGAUUCUUGAGCUACAGCAGUUGGGUUUUUAAUUUCAAGACACAAAAAAUGCGUAGUGGAGACCAAACAGUGAUCGUGUCCACAAUGUUCUGUACCUAUAUACUUUUAAAGUAUAUACACAUUUGGUAUAGAGUGGGGCAAGCUAGUAUUAAUAUUUGUGCUGCCAUGUACUUGAGGAACUUAAUAAUGAAAUAAUUUAAGAAUAUAAUUACUAAAAGCCAUGCUUUGAUCAUACCUACUGUCCUUCCAUAUCUAUGAAGCUUAAAAAGCUGGAAAAGUUCUAUUUUCUUUUUCAUUAGGCAUCUCCUGUGUCCUUUCAUAUAUGGUCAGGACUGAGCAAAAUAAUGUGUAAGAAACAAGUGUGUGUCCAAGAGAACCUGCACUGACUUAUGACAAGCUCCUGGGGUAGAUUUAUUUCUGAGCUUCUUAUGCUCAUAGAAUAUGUGGAAGAGAGACCCUGAGACCAGAGUAUGAAUUUAUUUGAUCAUUGUUAGUUACAAAUGUAAAUGGCUAUUUUGGUUAUUUAAUAAUAUUUUGGUAUCCUUGGGCAAGAAAUUGGUGUGCAUGCACAUCUAGGUGUGUAUACUUCCCUGGUUUUCACCUGAAAGUGAGUGCUGUGACUCCUUUUUUUCCCAUACCACUUGAGAUUUUGAGUCUGUUUGGUACAUUUGGACACAGUGACCAAUUGUUGGUGGUUUCAUUUUGUUUCUCUAUAACCAUUUAAAACGACUCGAUCAGGCUACACAGGUCAUCUAUUCAUUUAAGAAAUACAUUUGCCUAAUAAACACUCCACCAGGCACCCUACAGGUAUUGUGGUUGUCACUCUCCAGUCCCUUGGGACUUGUGGUCUCAUGACAGCAGCAGGGCAGGUCUUCAGGCUUCAAUCUCGGGCUAGCCUUUAUUACUGGGCUACUCGCUUGCACAGGUAGAUGAGCCAAGCACCUCAGCCUCACCUGGAGCUCUGGCCUGGGAGAGUGUUGCUCCCAUGGUGCUCUGCACAGCUCCUAACUUAGAAAUCCGUUAGACUUUUAGCGCUUUGUGACUGGUUGACUGGCGCCUGGUUCAUGCUCCUGAAGAGUCCGGUCCUAUUGAGCAGCUUCUGAAUUCUCUCGUACAGGUUAUUGGUUAUUUUCUAAAUAUUUCUACAAGAAAAUUUAGCCUAAAAUUUGGAAGAAAAAAGACCCAGAAACUAUUAAUACUGUAAAUGUGGUACACAUUACCCUGGUAAUGAUUUUUUUUAUAAAUAAUGACAUUCAUGCUUUGGGACUGUUGAUUCUGCUAAUCUGUUUUUCAGGAAUUUUUUUUCAGUUAAUUUUCAUACUAAUGUUAUUAAUUCUUAAGAAACCAAUUGGUGGCACUAGUGACCAAAAGUUGUCAAAGGUAAACAAGAAAAAUAAUUGAAAGAAGCAAACUAAAUGAGAGCGUAGUUGCAUAUUGAAAUGGAUGUCACCUCUCCUGGGCUCUGGAGGUGCGUACGGCUGUCUCCAUACCUGCUGUUGUCUUCCCUUCCCGAGUGCAUAGAUGUCUGCGUUGUAUAGGUAAACCCUGGAUUACACUGUGCAUUCUGUAAAUACUCUGUAUAAAGCCAUGCUUUUUGGGAAGUCUGUGUACAUUCUGUACUUAUUAAAUAAGCAGUGCCUGUUUACCAA